UUCUCUUCCCCGAGAUUCCGGGUCGUGAGGCGUGUUCGAGGAUACAGACGGCACAAAGCACCGGUGUCUGUGUGAACCACUGCUUCCACAACUGCAGCAAAAAAUCCCGGCUGCAAUUUGCAGAAGAGAGAAGGGGCUUCUACGUGACGGGCGCGUUCGUUCCAGUAGACCCGCCGCAAACAUGACCAACUUCUUCUCGCUACAGGCGGACAUGCGGCGGGCCAAGGAUAGGUGCCCCGCCUGCGCCAGGCAGCAACUCCACAUCGAGAAUGGCCAGUACGUGCCCGGCGACGAGGUGAAGGGCCAGCUGUACACCACGCCGCGCGGCGGGGGGAGCAGCAGGCGCGCGCGGGCGGCGGCGGCUUCUCGAGGAGGAGGAGGGGGAGGAGGGGGCACCAGUGGUAGUAGGAGCAGCGGCGGCAGCAACGCGUACAACGCGCUGGCUCAGCACGAGAUCCGCCCGGAAGAGAUCGUUUGCACCCACUGCCUUUGCUCCAACGAGAACCACGAGGACACAGGGCCGAACGGGCAGAGGUGUUGCGGGGGCUUGAGGGAGGGGCUAUGGGACAGGGUCUGCGAGCUGUGCAAGGCCUCGGAGAGCUGCAGGGCCUGGGCCAGGGCGAGAGCUUGCCCGGCCGAGGAGGCGGGCGGGGCGCCGCCGGGGGAGCCUAAUCAUGCCAUCAAUGCCACGGGCGAGAAGCCGUGCAAGACCGAGGGGAAGGCGAACUUCUGCAUGCACUGCACAUGCCCGUGCGCCCAAGUUCAUCCACACACGGUCGAGGAUAAGAGCAACUGGAUGUCAACCAACCCCGAGGUUCAGCGAGCGUGCCGCAUCUGCUUGCCCUGCUGGGCGGGGUGGUGCAUCCCGCUGUCCGGGAAAAAGCGCAAGCUCGUAGGCGCGACCAUGGAGCCUGAGGAGCCUUUCGCGCGGCAGUGGAGACCCGGCCGAGACGCCGACGUGUUCGUCCUGACGGGCCUCUUCGACGAGCUCACCGGCCUCCUUCCCGAGAACGGCUUCCCGUACGCCGUGUUCGGCUCCUCCCUGCGCUAUUUCAAGGGCCUGAUCGGGAGCGCGGAGGCUAAGCACGCGCUGAGGGAGGCCGGCGUGACCCCCGGCGACCGUAGCAGCGCGAUCGGCGAGGCGUGGAGCGGGGGCGGCUCCAUGUACCCGCCGGAGCGGCCCGCGGGAGCGCGGAAGGUCGUGGCAGCGCCGCUGCGCCAGGGGGAGGGCGCUAAUAGGCACUUCUCCAGGGUGCACGGCAGGCGGGACCACAACUGGCAGUGGGACAUGCUCAAGAGCCCGUGGUCGCUCGGGCUGAUGGCGAAGGGGAGGCUCGCCCUCGGGGUUUCCGAGGAAGAGGCGAACGAGUUCGAGGAGGCGGGGAUCAUCGCGUUCCCGGGGCACGUGGUGAAGCACAAGGACUCGGUGAAGAACGGCGGGUACGGAAAGACGAUCGGGACGCUGGUGCUGAGGUCUCCGGAAUCGGCGUUCGUCUGUGUGCAGGUGCAAGGGGAGCGGCUGGGCAGGGCCGUCGAACUGGCCGAGGAGCUUGGCGUGGAGCUUCCCCCAAGGUUCGCCGAGAAGGGGCGCUUCAAGUUCGCCAUCAACGAGCUUGACGCGUGGGCGAUGGUCGGCGGGACGGCGAGGAACGAUGCGGAGCACGCGGUGGUCUGCGGGAGGAAGGUCAUCCCGCCCGGGGAGCCCGGGGAGGGUUUUGUGCGUGUGGCGUUCAACAUGAGGUGGGGGUGGCAAGACGACCGGCGGGUGUGAGGCGAUGAGGCGUCCUGCGUGCAUUACCGGGAGACUCGCCGUCGCCAGUCGCGAGGCUUGCAUGCUAUGCACCCAAGGAAGGCGUCAUGGCAUCGGGAGAAUGUCGUUGCCGGGAGCGAGACUUGGCAUGCUACAGAAGGAGGCAUGAUACAUGGCGAAGUGGUUGUCGGGAGCGAGACUUGCAUACUACCGGAAAGACGCGUGGCAAGCAUAUCGAAGUCGUUGUCGGGAGCGACACUGCAUGCUACUAGAAGGGGGCGUGGUAAACAUCGCGAAGCCGUUGUCAUCGGGAGCGAGACUUGCAUGCUACCAGCAGGAGGCGUGGUUAGCAUCGCGGAGUCGUCGUUGUCACCGGGAGCGGGCGGUGGGGCGCGCAACCGUCGAGAGUGGAGAUGUUUUUUUCGGGAGGGGCAGCAAGGGUUACGUAUGAUCAUAGGAGACAUCGGCCUGGCACGAGGAUUGCGGCGGAAACGACUGCAUCAACUAGGAAAUGCGUGGUUGGACGGGAGGGAUGUUUGGUGAACCACAAAGAGGGAAAAAUGCCAGAGAAUACCUACCCAUUGUGGCAUGGAUGAGUCAGUUCAACAUGAAUUCACUGGGGCCCCUUACGGGGCUCAAGACUGCGGGGCCCCUUCUCCAACCGCGGCAGCGAUGGCGAGGUGCUCUCGGAUGGUAGGCGGGACCAAUGAGGUAUGCGUGGACGUUGUGCCCUUGAGCGGUGUUGAUGUGCGGGCGGUUGGAUGGCCUACCACAUUUGCGACUGUGGUGGCCUACAUCCACGUAACAGGCGCAAAAUAUCCCACGCCCCGGCGACAGCACCGAGAGUUUGGAAACGCCAGCUCUGGUGCCGCUCUCUGUGGGGUGUCCGAUAUCUCAAGGGAGCUGUACGGUAUCUGAAUAUCUGUAGCGCAUGCACUUGUUCUUCUGGUACUACGCGAUUGCUGCUGAGUGAUGGGGUGAUGAGAGCUAAGUACUGUUGGCAGUACCGUGGAUAUUGAGAUCGCAUGCCCAUGCUUGUUUGUGUGGGUUUUCACCCUGGCGAUCGAUCAGCUCCAUCUUCUCUGGGAUCGGGGUUAGGGAACCGGGAGAACCGUUUUACUGCAUGGGUGUGAAAGCGGAACGUGCACUCUUUUCUGGUCGCCCGAUACGCAGUGGUUGUGUUGUAUUCUGCCCGCCGGACGCUGGCCAGGACGCUCCUAGUCCUCCUUCGUCAAGAAGACGCUUGUAUCUUCGCUCCUCGAGCACCUAUGCCCCCCCCCCCUCGCUGCAGCUCGGCGGGCGUUGUAAGUUCGGUGCGUGAUACUCUUCAAAAGUAGUUGAUUUCAUGCGCGUUCUUUGCCGACCAUGCUACUACAGUAGUUCCUGCCGGGCACAACAGCGUGUCCGCCUGGGCCGAGCAGGAUGUCGCACCUUGUUGAGAGAAAAAUGACGUGGUACAAAGUCGUGAGGGUGUGAGAUAUUUUUCCUUCGUGGGGGCUGCGUUGUCUUCGUUGAGUGUAGUGUAUACUUCAUGUCGUGUUGCUGCUGCCGGCGAAGGUCUUUUCGUUGUUGGCGCGUUUGAAGAAGCUCUGCGACUGAUUCUUGCGAGGAGACCGGAUGAUCGUUCUCUCAGCUCCUUGCCGGACUUGUUGGCGAGGCGCUGGCCAAACAAUCUCUGCCCUUGCCUGUCAGCAUCUACCUCUUCGACAACACCUGUAUCUUUUCUUGGCGAGCAGAGUUCAUGUAUGUGUCAUGAGUGCUUCGCGUCGCACCUCCCUUCACGCGCAAGAGACAGCUCGUUCGCACGCACGGAGUUAAAGUACUCGUGUGUGUUUGAGAUGAAUUUGAUGUGAUGGCGUUAAUUGUUUUUUGGCGAGGUAUGAGUUUUGUGCCAGGUGUGUUGUAUGCGUACAUGAAUCAUUUUGUGCGGGGAGAGUGAAGGACAGCUCGAACCUCCUUGGUUAUUGGUAAUGCUUGUUUGGUUUUCUGCUUUUUGUCGGAGCGCACACGUUGUCGACAGUGCUGCCUGCCUUUGUUUCUACACGCUGUUCGAGCUUCGACGAUGACCUCAAGUAUGAAGAUGUGGCACGAAUAAAGGGGGUGACUAGUAUUGGAAUUGGUGCGUACCAUGACGGGGGUUGUUGCCGGAGCUAUUGGACAAGUAUGACCUAGGUGACCGCGACGUGCGUGCUGCCGUUAUGUGUUUGUUUCCGUUUGUGUCGUCUUCCCGUGGUGCUGAUCUCUGUUACUGUUCCUGCCUUUCGUUUUUCCCGUUUUUUCGUCGUGGACGGAGGGUAGGUAUCCUUACCUUCCUUCGUCCUUGUUACGUGCGUGUGCAGACAAGCAGACACGUUCCGCCGGCUCAUUGCAUGUUGCCAUCUGUCUGUGUUUAGCUGGGUCAAGUGAACAGGGGGUUUCUGUUGGCAGGGUGGGAGGGUGAUGACAUUCGGUACGAAGAGUGAGUGAACACAAAUAUUUGCGAACGAAGCAGCUGAAUGCAACAGGUCUGACGCUGUGAUGAGCAUAUCAAAAAAUACAUCGUGUUGAUGCCACCGGAUCCAGGCCGGCUUCUGCCCCCCCCCUGUUGCAACUCCCCUCCGCCCCGGUGUUUGCCAUCG